UGUAAAAAAAGCUCAAAAUCCACAAUCCACAGCAGCAGAAAGGGAAGCUCAUUCUGCUCUGGCAAAGUCUGGAAGAAAAGGCCAGAUGUCCUUUCUGAGAGUGCUGCUGUGUGUCCUGGUCCUGGCCAGCCCCUUGCUGAGUGAGGCUUCACAACCCAACUGCGAUGGAGUUGCGGACUUUGAGCCCUGUCUGGGUAAUACAGAUAAAUUCUGUCCUGAAAAUAUCCCUUGUCAGUGUAAAAAUGGAGAACCUUUUUGCAGAUGUAAUUACUACAGAAUAGGCUGGAAGGAGUACUGGUACAUGGGCCCCAAAUGUAACCACCGUUGGAACACUCUGGAUUUCAUUUUAGUGGCUACUCUCCCUGCAGUGGCACUGGUUAUCAUAGUGGUUGUAAUAUUUUCUGCUGUCUGCUGCUUGAAAAUGCAAAAAGCUGGGAAACAGCCAAAGCCUCCAGAAACUCCCACUGCUUCCCCCAGGAGCCAGCCCCAGCCUCCCCACAGCGGAGCACAGCAGAACCCUGCAUUCAGCCCUGAGUUCAGCCCAGCUGCCAGCCCGGGGCACGGGCACCAUCAGCCAGCCGGGGAUGCCUGGGCUGGACAAAUUCCAAAAGUUGUACUGAAAAGAGAAGAUUUUAAUGAUGCCUCAAUCCCAAAUCAAAGGCAGGAUUACAGUCCUGUGUAUGCUCAGUCUCUAAAGACAGCAGAGCCAGCAUCAGAUUAUUUCCCUCAGUCCCGAGCCCAGCGGGAUGAGUUUGACUAUCCCAGGAAGGAUUUGCCUUAUCCAGUUUAUCCAGAGGCGAGGCAGUACCGGAGAUACUAAGAACAAGUGCAUCCUGUAUCAGAACUGUUUUGGAAUGCUGCAUGAUCACUGGACAAUCCAUGUGCUGAGAGUGCAGUGAGACCCUGGUGGGACACAGAGGAAAUGGCCAUCCUUGUUAGAGAGCACUAACGAGGAUAAUUGUGAAAGAAAACCGGGUGAAUCCUGCAGCACACAAGGGUCUGGCCCUGGCAGUGUGGUACAAACACCCCCAAGGACUUGGCCUCUCUCUGUCCUAAGAUUUACCAAAUACCCACAGACCCAUUCCCUUGUCACUUGUCUUUUUUGCUUUGUCUUCCUUCUGUGUUGAUCCCAACAGCUGGAAUGGUUUGCCUUUAAAACUGCCCUGGCUUGCUUUGUAACUUUUUUGUAAAUGAGGAAAAUAAAUUAAGCUGUGGAAGAUUGAGAACUUUGCCACUAAGUAACAAAUAAAAGAGACUGAAGACUA